CUUCAGACAUGAAAUCGGUGUUUUUCAGCCGCUUCUUCAUCCUGCUGCCCUGGGUCCUCAUCGUCAUCAUCAUGAUCGACAUCGACAGUAAGAGAGCGAUCCGGACUCCGGUGGCCGGCCGGACCGGCAGGGCGCAGCGCGCGGCCCGGGGCGGCGCGCCGGGCGCGGGGGGCGCGGGGGGCGCGCAGAACCAGUCCGCCCUGCCGGUCAUCUACGCCAUCACCCCCACCUACACCCGGCCCGUGCAGAAGGCGGAGCUGACCCGGCUGGCCCACGCCUUCCGCCAGGUGCCCCGCUUCCACUGGAUCGUGGUGGAGGACUCCACGACGCGCACCGACCUGGUGGCGCGCUUCCUGGCCCGGUGCGGGGUUCCGUUCACGCACCUGCACAUGUUCACCCCCCGCAGGUUCAAGCGCGCCGGGAUGCCGCGCGCCACCGAGCAGAGGAACGCGGCGCUCGCGUGGCUCCGGCAGCACCGGGGCCGCCGGGACUCCGGAGUCGUCUUCUUCGCCGACGACGACAACACGUACAGCCUGGAGCUGUUCGAGGAGAUGCGAAGCACUCGAGGCGUGUCGGUUUGGCCCGUGGGAUUUGUCGGCGGCAGAGCGUACGAGCGCCCCCUGGUGUCUGGAGGUAAAGUCAUCGGCUGGUACACCGGAUGGAGACCCGACCGGCCGUUUGCCACCGACAUGGCAGGCUUCGCGGUGAAUCUCCAGGUGAUCCUGGCCAACCCGCGGGCGCAGUUCAAGCGGCGGGGCUCCCAGCCGGGGAUGCAGGAGUCCGACUUCCUCAAGCAGAUCACCAAGGUCACUGAGCUGGAACCCAAGGCCAACAACUGCACACGGGUGCUGGUGUGGCACACGCGCACGGAGAAGCCGCACCUCGCCAACGAGCCCAAACACCGAAAGGACACAGUGGUGAUCGAGGUGUGAUGGCCGAGCGAGCGGCGGCCCCACCUCCCUCUCUCUCUC